AUGGAGAAAAUUAAAAACAGGAUAGGUUUUGCAAAUGGCCUUAUUGUUCCUAGUAGAGGUCGUAGUGGUGGUGUGGCCCUGUUAUGGACUCGAGAAGUUAACCUGGAUAUCAAUAGUUAUUCGGGAAGCCAUAUUGAUGCUAUUUUCAAGGAGUCUGAAGGCAAUUUUCAGUGGAGGAUUACGGGAUUUUACGGUCAUCUGGACACUCACCGAAGGUAUGAAUCUUGGCGCCUUCUUGCUUUUUUACACAGUCAGUUCCAACUUCCAUGGCUAUGCCUGGGGGAUUUCAAUGAAAUAUUAUCAGUUAAUGAAAAAGUUGGGGGCAUCACUCGUCCCCAGCAACAAAUGAAGAGUUUUAGAAAUGUUGUGAACUUUUGUAGCUUUCUGGACUUAGGUUAUGUGGGAAUUGAUUUUACUUGGUGUAAUAUGCAAGAGGGGGAGAAUAGAAUUCAGUUUAGAAUAGAUAGAGCUCUAGCUAACAUUGAGUGGAUUGGGAAUUUUGAAGGAGUGAGAGUUUACCACCUCGUGGACUCAACCUCUGACCAUUGUGCUUUGUUUUUUACUAACUCUCCACCCCAACAUGUUUCCAACGCCAAAUGCUUCCAUUUUGAAGCCCUGUGGUCAAAAAAUGAGGAGUGCAGAAACAUUAUCGAAUCAUCUUGGGGGAUGGGGGUGGACUUGAGUACACCGGAAGGUUUUAUGCAAGAUAAAAAUGGAGAGAUGAGUGGCAAAAUUAGAAAUCUAAGAAGGGAGUUGAAUGAGCUGUUAGAGGAUGAAGAAUUAUAUUGGGGUCAAAGAGCCAAGACACAUUGGUUAAAGGAGGGAGAUAGGAACACAAAAUUCUUUCAUGCCUAUGCCUCGGAAAGGUGUAAGCAAAAUACAAUUUUGGGUCUUUGGGAUGAUCAUGGCCGGUGGUGUGAGGAAAAGGAUUCUAUUGCCCGGGCUGCUGUCGGCUAUUUUGAAACCAUCUACUCCACUUCUUUCCCCACUCGGGUUGAAAACAUGGUUGAGGCCAUCCCUACAAAGGUGACUGAGGAUAUGAAUGAGAGUUUAGCUCGUGUUUUUACUAGAGAAGAAGUGGCCACGGCUCUCAAGCAAAUUCAUCCCACCAAAGCCCCCGGGCCUGACGGUAUGUCCGCUAUUUUUUAUCAUAAAUAUUGGGGUAUUGUUGGGAAUAGUGUCACAAAUUUGGUCCUGAAUGUCUUUAAUAAUAACCUGUCCAUGACUGAAAUCAAUAAAACCAACAUUUCCCUCAUCCCAAAAACCAACUGCCCAAAGAAAAUGACUGACUUUAGACCCAUAAGUUUAUGCAACGUAAUUUACAAGCUUAUUUCCAAAAUAUUGGCCAACAGACUAAAAAACCUUCUCCCUCUUAUUAUCUCCGAGAAUCAAAGCACUUUUACCCCGGACCGCCUCAUCACGGACAAUGUGUUGGUGGCUUUCGAAUUAAUGCAUUAUUUAAAUCACAAAUCAGUGGGGAAAGAGGGGUUUAUGGCAGUCAAACUUGAUAUGAGCAAAGCUUUUGAUAGGGUGGAGUGGGGCUUCAUUAAACGGGUUAUGGAAAAACUUGGCUUCUGCACAAAAUGGGUGAGCCUUAUUAUGCAGUGCAUCACAUCAGUCUCCUAUUCAGUCCUAAUCAAUGGGGCGGCCUAUGGGAACAUUAUUCCCUCUAGGGGUCUAAGACAAGGCGACCCCCUCUCUCCUAGCCUUUUCCUCCUCUGUGCCGAGGGACUCUCGGCCAUUAUCCAUGAGGCAGCUAGAAACCACCUCCUCACUGGCAUCUCUAUUUCUCGGAAUUGUCUUAACAUUACUCAUCUCUUCUUUGCAGAUGAUAGCAUCCUAUUCUGUAAAGCAAAAAUCGAAGAGUGCCAAGAGCUUAAGCAAAUUUUCCAAAGGUACGAAGAUGCUUCUGGCCAGAAAAUUAACACCGAUAAAUCCUCGGUGUUUUUCAACCCAAACAUUCAUCAGGAUUUGAAAGAGUCAAUCUUUUCCAUUUUGGGGCCGAUGCAAGAUUCAAAGCAUCCCAAGUACCUUGGCCUUCCGUCUUUCAUCGAAAGAUCAAAGAAACAAGUCUUUUCCAUUCUUAAGAAGCGGGUUGGACAAAAGCUUGCGGGGUGGAAGGGGAAGUUGCUCUCCAUGGGUGGUAAGGAAAUUCUUAUUAAGGUAGUAGCCCAAGCUAUCCCCACCUACACCAUGAGCUGUUUUCAGCUCCUUCAGGGCCUAUGUGAGGAUCUGGAAAGCAUGACGAGGAACUUUUGGUGGGGCCAAAAGCAUCAUGAACCAAAGAUGGCUUGGGUUGGUUGGAAACAAAUGUGCUAUCCUAAGUCCAAGGGUGGCCUGGGCUUUCGAAACUUGCAAGCUUUUAAUCUAGCAAUGCUAGCAAAGCAAGCCUGGAGAAUCCUUACAAAUCCAACUUCUCUCAUUGCCCAGGUCCUCAAAGCGCGUUACUUUCCUUCAGGUGACAUCCUCAGUGCAACACUUGGCUCUAGUCCUUCCUACUCCUGGCGAAGCAUUUUUAAUAGUGUGGAAGUCAUUCGAAAGGGAACUAGAUGGAGAGUGGGCAAUGGCAAACAAAUUCACAUAUGGGAUGAUAAAUGGCUCCCCACCCCCACCACACACAAAGUCAUCACCCCCACUAAUAACCUUCUAACCUUCCCCAUGGUCUCUUCCCUCAUUGACCCGGCCAUAAAAUGGUGGAGAGCUGAUGUCAUUCACGCAACCUUCCUCCCAUUUGAAGCAGACAUAAUUCUAAGGAUUCCCGUUAGCCGAAGUUUGCCUGAGGACAAGCUAAUUUGGAUGGGAAACACUCGGGGUGAGUUCACUGUGAAGAGUGCUUACCAUAUUGCCCACUGUAUGAUUGAAGGAAAAGAUGACGUUGGUAGCUCUAUGGGGGAUCCUCUCAAGCCCCUUUGGAAGAGAUUGUGGCACCUCAACCUUCCUGCAAAGAUUAAGAUCUUUGCUUGGAGGGCCUGCUUUAAUGGGCUGCCUUCAAGGGAAAAAUUGUGUGCCAGAGGCAUUAACACAGCCAAAGACUGCCCAAUCUGUAACAAGGAGCUGGAAUCCGUUCACCAUGUUUUGCUUCACUGUGAGUUUGCAAUCCAGUUUGGAGUUUUUGGGCUGAUGUUGUUGGCUAGGAAUACCAUAGAAGAUUUCACUGAUGCAGCUUAUACAGACCUCUCCACCUCUAGACCGCUUCUUUCUAGUUGUUGGUCGCCUCCUCCUCCUGGUGUAUUUAAAAUAAAUGUGGAUGGGGCGUCAUCAGACCUUGAAGGAAUUUCUAGCAUUGGAGUCAUCAUUAGAGAUUGCAAGGGUGAAACAGUUGCUGCUCUUUGCAAACCCCUUCAGUCCCAUUACCCGGUGGAAUUAGUGGAAAUCAUUGCCUUGGAGCAAGGUAUCUUGCUUGCUCAAGAGUUGCAUCUUCCUUGUGUGAUGUGUGAAAGUGAUGCCUCUAAUGUGGUCAAUGCAAUCAAUGACUCUGCUACUGGGACUCCAUUUGGACACAUCAUACAGGAUAUUAUCCAAGCCCAAGCCUCCUUUGUUUUCUGCACUUUCAACUAUGCAGCCCACGAACUCGCUCAUUUUGCCCAUAGGACUGGUUCUCAUCAGGGUGACUCUCUUAUUAUGAUACAAGCUUUGUGUGAAUCUGCCCCAACACCAUCUUCAGUGGCUUCUUUGGUUUAUGGUAUUGCAGUUGUUGCUCAUGAUUUUAGGAGUGUGAACUUCUCCCAUGUCUGUUGUAAUGGAAAUAUUCCAGCUCAUUUGUUAGCUAAAUAUGCUUUACGCAUUGUUGAUUAUUGUGCUUGGAUUGAAGAGAGUCCUUGUUUUAUUGAAAAAGCUCUUCUCCAUGAUGUAUCUUUGGCUUCUACUAAUUAA